AUGGCAGAAGCCACUCUGAAAUUCCACUCCAGCGUGGGUCGAGCAUCUUCAUUGCAACGUUAUCAUCGUUGUUUCGUCGCAGGCGAUCGCAUCGAGGGCGUGCACCAGACGCUGCCGCCGUAUGUCGAGCCCAGCUACCUGCUGCACUACAACCUCAACGAGGACGGUCGCCUCGCUGCGAAGAAGAUCGUCUGCGCGAUCGGCUUCCUGUGUCCCGACAUCACGUUCGGUCCGAAGAUCUACCCGAUGGUCUGCAUGUUCCUGCACUACAUGAGCGAGGAGACGGCCUACGCGUGCAUGAUGACCUUGCUGAAGGCGAAGCAUGGUCGCCGAAUCACACAAACCAAGAUGGCGUAUGAGUCAGCUAAGAUGACUCUCAUUACCAUGCUCAAGAAGAAUGCGACUAGCACGUACAAGCAAUUACUUAGGAUAUGCAAGAAUAAUCCGGAUACACUAAGCAAUGGGCUUGAUGGCUGGCUGUGGUGGAUGUUCAAGGACUUGCCAUUUUCUUACAUGGUGCGAAUAAUGGACGUGUAUUUGUGUGAAGGCACAAAGAUCUUAUACCGAGUAGCGAUGGCGAUUUGCAUUUUAUACAUCAAGAGCCGGCGAAUGUCGGGAACGUUCGAGGACAGCUCUGGCAACCUCUUGGCAACUGCAAUAACGCAGUUUUGCAACAACUUCACGCUGCCCGUUGACAAACUACUCAAAACGUCGUUCGGCAUCCGCGGCCUGCGACGCAAGGACCUCAACAAGAUGCUGCUGCGCAACGAGAUGCUGAUGCGCAGCAAGCAGCACAUCGGAGCGAUGCGCAGCGGCGCGAUCGCCAUGCAGCGACGAUCCUCGCUCGAUCUUAACAUGAAGGUGUCGCCGUCGUACGACCGCCUCGAGGUGAACAAGGCCGGCCAUCUGACGGGACAGCUUCAUCUCAUUUGGCACUGGAUGCCGCCACGCAUCACCAUCUACGAACCCGAGUUGAUCUUCACCACAGAGGAGCACGGCACGAGUAUCACGACCUUCUUCGACAAGGUUGCAGGCCAAGAGCCCACGAUGAUCCUCAUCAAGACAACGACAAAUGAGAUAUUUGGAGCGUACUGCUCCACGGACUGGGAAGACAGGCGGCGACACGAAGCAAGCACAUACUUCGGUACUGGAGAGAGCUUCCUCUUUAGUGUGUGGCCGGUCGCAAAGCGGUACUCGUGGGUGGGGCUCACGACCGGAGAAAUGACCAACCUUACCAGCAUGUUUUUGGCUGCCAAUCAUUCCAUGAUCACAGUAGGCGGAGGCCGAGGAUACGGCCUGUACUUUGAGCAGACGUUAGACCGUGGAAGAACAGAGGCGUGUGAUACGUUUGGCAAUCCAGCACUAUGCGAAAAAAAGGACUUUGUAUGUAAAGUACUGGAAGUGUACAAGUUUGCGUAAGUUCUUCCAACGAACCACACUCCAACAAGCACCGCCGUGCGGAGUACAUCACUAACUGCUAGCAAGUUCUACCACUGUGCAGCGUACUUCACUAAGUGCUAGCAGAAUGCACCGCUGUGCCAAGUACAUCACAAAGUGCUGGCAAGACCCACCACUGUGCAAGCGUACUUCACUAAGUGCUGGCAAACUGCACCAUCCUGCAGAGUACAUCAGUAAUUGCUGGGAAGAUGCACAAUUGUGGAGGGAAAGCCUUAAGUAACUGAGACAAUAUCAAUCUACUGACUAGCGAAGAUUAGUCGUAACCGGGUAAACUCCAGCAUGCUUGGGGCAGGAAGUUCUUGUGAACAAUUUUUUAAUUACUCUAUGCCAAUUAUGGCUUUACAGUAAGCAAAACAGCUUGUUUUAACAUUUGAACAUGGAAUUUUAUUGAGCACGGAUAGUGCCAUUGCUUCUUCUUCUUCUUGGGUCACUACACUACACUCGGCCUAGCUACUGCAGCACACAGGACAUUACACGG